AUGGGUGAGGGGAAGCCACAGCCAUCCCCGGAAGUUACAGUGCCCCAGCCCCAGCCAGGCCGUCGAGGCUGCGGUGAUCCCGGGCCACCCGGCCGGUGUUGUUGCUUGUCGCUGCUGCCCAGCCCGGUCACUCAGGAGGAGCCGUUGCUUCAGAGCCUCCUGCAGGGUCCAGAGCUGCCCACCCGAAAAGUGUGCAGGCCCUCAGCGGUGCCUGGCACCAGGGUCCCCUGCACGGCUCAGCCCCAGCCCCAGCCCCAGCCCCAGCGUGAGGAGGAAACAGGUGUCCCUGAACUGGCAGCCACUGACGCUGCAGGAGGCCAGAGCUCUACUGAGAAGGCGGCCGCCCCGUGGGCCAGGGGGCCGGGCACUGCUGAAAACCUCCCACAUUAUCUUCGGUCGGACCGCCAACUGAGCGCCCACCCGAACUCAAACGACACCCUACACCCUUUAGUCCCUUCCACCCCACUUUCGUCCCCGCCCACUCCUUUCUCGAUCCUCUCGCCCUGGGCACGCCCCUCUCCUCUCUCUACAGGGAACUCCAACCGAGUGGGAGCCCCAGGUGGUCCGUGUCCAGCUGGCUUCGAAAGGGUUAACGGGUCCUGCGAAGAUGUGGAUGAGUGCGCGACUGGCGGGCGCUGCCAGCACGGGGAGUGUGCCAACACUCACGGGGGGUACACGUGCGUGUGCCCGGACGGCUUCCUGCUGGACUCAUCCCGCAGCAGCUGCAUCUCCCAACACGUGAUCUCAGAGGCCAAGGGGCCCUGCUUCCGCGUGCUCCGCGACGGCGGCUGCUCGCUGCCCAUUCUGCGCAACAUCACCAAACAGAUCUGCUGCUGUAGCCGUGUGGGCAAAGCCUGGGGUCGGGGCUGCCAGCUCUGCCCACCCUUCGGCUCAGAGGGUUUUCGGGAGAUCUGUCCUGCUGGCCCUGGCUACCACUACUCGGCCUCUGACCUCCGCUACAACACCAGACCCCUGAGCCAGGAGCCACCCCGAGUUUCCAUCAGCCAGCCCCGUGCCCCACCCUCCACCCCUCGGUCACCCACAGGCUUUCUGCCCACCCAUCGCCCAGAACCCCGGCCUGAGCCUCGGCCCGGGCCUGAGCUUCCCCCACCCAGCAUCCCGGCCUGGACUGGUCCUGAGGUUCCUGAACCAGGUUUGGUAGAGGGAAUCCAGGGCAUUGAUGGGGUAUUACAGAUGGGGGUCUUAGAAGGAGGUUUCAAGGAUAGAACAAGCGGGGAUGCCACAGCCAGAGGAACUAAGGAGGGUAAAAAGAGAUGUCGCAUGCCCCCGCCCUGUGCUCCUGGGCGCUGCGAAAACACGCCAGGCAGCUUCCGUUGUGUGUGCGGCCCCGGCUUCCGAGCUGGCCCGCGGGCUACUGAGUGUCUGGACGUGGACGAGUGCCACCGCGUGCCGCCGCCCUGUGACCGUGGGCGCUGUGAAAACACGCCAGGCAGCUUCCUGUGCGUGUGCCCUGCUGGGUACCAGGCUGCACCCCACGGAGCAGGCUGCCAAGAUGUGGACGAAUGCAUCCAGAGCCCUGGCCUCUGUGGCCGAGGUGUCUGUGAGAACCUGCCUGGCUCUUUCCGCUGUGUUUGCCCGGCUGGCUUCCGGGGCUCAGCGUGUGAAGAGGAUGUGGAUGAGUGUGCCCAGGAGCCACCACCCUGUGGGCCAGGCCGCUGUGACAACACCGCGGGCUCCUAUCACUGUGCCUGCCCUGCUGGCUUCAGAUCCCGAGGGCCAGGGGCCCCCUGCCAAGAUGUGGAUGAAUGUGCCCGUAGCCCCCAGCCCUGUGCCUAUGGACGGUGUGAGAACACAGAAGGCAGCUUCCAGUGCGUCUGCCCAACAGGCUUUCAACCCAGCCCUGCUGGCUCCGAGUGCGAGGAUGUUGAUGAGUGUGAGAACCACCUGGCGUGUCCUGGGCAGGAAUGUGUGAACUCCCCCGGCUCCUUCCAGUGCAGGGCUUGUCCUGCCGGCUACCACCUGCACCGUGGCCGAUGUACUGAUGUGGACGAAUGCAGUUCGGGCGCCUCCUGCGGCCCCCAUGGCCACUGCACUAACACCGAAGGCUCCUUCCACUGCAGCUGCGCGCCUGGCUACCGGGCGCCGCCUGGCCGGCCUGGGCCCUGCGCAGACGUGAACGAGUGCCUGGAGGGCGACUUUUGCUUCCCCCACGGCGAAUGCCUCAACACCGACGGCUCCUAUGCCUGUACCUGUGCCCCCGGCUACCGGCCCGGACCCCGCGGAGCCUCUUGCCUCGACGUGGACGAAUGCAGCGAGGAGGACCUCUGCCAGAGCGGCAUCUGUACCAACACCGACGGCUCCUUCGAGUGCGUCUGUCCUCCGGGACACCGCGCCAGCCCCGACCGAACCUGUGAAUCCAGGCCUAUAACUCCCUUCUCCUUCCCUCACCCUGUCCCCACUCUUGCAGAUGUGGACGAGUGCCAAGAAUAUGGCCCGGCAAUUUGUGGAGCCCAGCGCUGUGAAAAUACCCCUGGCUCCUACCGCUGCACGCCUACCUGUGACCCUGGCUACCAGCCCAUGCCUGGGGGCGGAUGCCAGGAUGUGGAUGAAUGCCGGAACCGGUCCUUCUGCGGGGCCCAUGCCGUUUGCCAGAACCUGCCUGGCUCCUUCCAGUGCCUCUGUGACCAGGGCUACGAGGGGGCACGGGACGGGCGUCACUGCGUGGAUGUGAAUGAAUGUGAAACACUGCAGGGCGUGUGCGGAGCUGCCCUGUGCGAGAAUGUGGAGGGCUCCUUCCUCUGCGUCUGCCCCACCAGUCCUGAGGAGUUUGACCCCAUGACUGGGCGCUGUGUUCCCCCACGGGCUUCUGCUGGCACAUUCCCAGGCUCACAGCCCCAAGCACCUGCCAGCCCGGUCCUGCCAGACAGGCCACCCCCUCCGCCCCCUCCCCGCCGGCCCAGCCCACCCAGGCAGGGACCGGUGGGCAGCGGCCGCCGGGAGUGCUACUUCGACACAGCGGCUCCAGAUGCGUGUGACAACAUCCUGGCUCGGAACGUGACGUGGCAGGAGUGCUGCUGCACCGUGGGGGAGGGCUGGGGCAGCGGCUGCCGCAUCCAGCAGUGCCCGGGCACUGAGACAGCCGAGUACCAGUCACUGUGUCCCCAUGGCAGGGGCUACCUGGCGCCUAGCGGAGACCCAAGCCACCGGAGAGAUGUGGAUGAGUGCCAGCUGUUCCGAGAUCAGGUGUGCAAAAGUGGCGUGUGCGUGAACACGGCCCCGGGCUACUCGUGUUAUUGUAGCAACGGCUACUACUACCUCGCCCAGCGCCUGGAGUGUGUCGGUACGAGCCCACCCGCACCAUCCCCAAAGAACUCCUGCAUGCUGUCUCUGCCCUCAGAUGACAACCUGGGAGUGUGCUGGCAGGAAGUGGGGGCUGACCUCGUGUGCAGCCGCCCUCGGCUGGACCGCCAGGCCACGUACACAGAGUGCUGCUGCCUCUACGGGGAGGCCUGGGGCAUGGACUGUGCCCUCUGCCCUGCCCAGGACUCAGAUGACUUUGAGGCCCUGUGCAAUGUGCUGCGCCCCCCUGCAUAUGGCCCCCCACGGCCAGGUGGCUUUGGACUCCCCUACGAGUAUGGUCCAGACCUCGGUCCACCUUACCAGGGCCUUCCAUAUGGGCCUGAGCUGUACCCACCACCUGUGCUACCCUAUGACCCCUACCCACCGCCACCUGGGCCCUUCGCCCGCCGGGAGGCCCCCUAUGGGAUGCCACCCUUCGACAUACCGGACUUUGAGGAUGAUGGUGGUCCCUAUGGUGAAUCUGAGCCUCCUGCUCCACCCGGACCCGGCACCCGCUGGCGCUAUCGGUCCCGAGACACCCGUGGCUCCUUCCCAGAGCCCGAGGAGCCACGUGAAGGCGUGGGCUACACUGGCGCCCUGGCUGGGCCCUACGAGGGGCUGGAGGCGGAGGAGUGUGGGAUCCUGGACGGCUGUGCCCACGGCCGCUGCGUGCGGGUCCCCGAGGGCUUCACCUGCGACUGCUUCGAUGGCUACCGCCUGGACAUGACCCGCAUGGACUGCGUUGACGUGAACGAGUGCGACGAGGCGGAGGCGGCGGCUUCACUCUGCGUCAACGCGCGCUGCAUCAACACCGACGGCUCCUUCCGCUGCAUCUGCCGCCCCGGGUUCGCACCCACGCACCAGCCGCACCACUGCGCGCCCGCCCGCCCCCGGGCCUGAGCCCGCAGCGCCGUCCCCGCGCCCGCCCGCCGGUGCGCGUGCGCACACGGGAAGCCGAGCAGAGGGACGACUGACUGACAGAUGGAAGCGGGGACGCCUCUUGCACCCCCAGCCCCUCUACCGACGCCGCCGGCCCAGGCCUAGCCCACGGCCCCUCAUAUUUCCGCUCCUUUUUAUAAACGUUUUCCAUUUUAAACACC